AUGUCGAAGCGAACAGCCGAAGCUGAUCACGGCGAUGCCCUCAAGGGCGGAGAUCGCCCUGAGAAGAUGGACAUCGACGAGAACACCAAGGAUAUGGGCGAGUUCGAAGAUGAGUUUGAGGACGAGUUUGAGAGCGAAGAUGAGAUUCUUGAGGCCGGUGUUGAUGGACGACCUGAUGCUGAGCGCGAGGCCGAGGAGAAGGACGCUAUGGAGGUUGAUCAAGACCAAGGAACCUUCAUCGUCGGACGAAGCAAACUCGAGCCCGGCCAGACGCUCGCUCCCGAUCUGUCUACAUACGAGAUGCUGCACAACCUUAGCACACCCUGGCCAUGCCUGUCCUUCGACAUUGUUCGCGACAGCCUUGGCGACAACCGAAAGGCCUACCCUGCCACUAUGUACACUGUUUCUGGUACCCAGGCCGAGAAUGCCAAGGCCUCUGACAACCAGAUCAUGGUUAUGAAGUUCAGUGGUCUGAGCAAGAUGGACCGCGGCGACGAGGGUUCCGACUCUGAGGACGACGAUGAUGAGGAUGCUGAUCCUAUCCUGGAGAGCAAGUCCAUCCCCCUCAACUCUACUACCAACCGCAUCCGCGCCCACCAGAUGCCUAGCCAGGAGGCUGGACGACCCGGAACAACUCUCACUGCUACCAUGACCGAGUCCAGCGACGUCUUCAUCCACGACAUUACUCCUCACCUUGCUUCUUUCGACAACCCUGGUACCACCAUCUCCGCUCAGCAGAACAAGCCCGUCUCUACUAUCCGCGCACACAAGAGUGAGGGUUAUGCUCUGGACUGGUCUCCCCUCAACCCCAACGGCAAGCUCAUCACUGGUGACAACGAUGGUCUUAUCUACGUGACAACACGCACCGACGGAGGCGGCUGGGUCACUGACAACCGAGCCCUCCAGGGCCACACCAGCAGUGUCGAGGAGUUGCAAUGGUCACCAUCUGAGGCCAACGUCUUUGCCUCUGCUUCCAGUGACGGCACUGUCCGAGUCUGGGACGUCCGAACCAAGUCCCGCAAGCCUGCUCUCACCAUGCAGGUUUCCCCCGUCGACGUCAACGUCAUGUCCUGGUCGCGCCAGCAAAACCACCUACUCGCCUCCGGCGACGACAACGGUACCUGGGCCGUCUGGGAUCUCCGACAGUGGAAGGCCAGCUCAGACAGCCCUCAGCCCAUUGCCAGCUUCAACUUCCACAAGGAGCAAAUCACCAGCAUCGAAUGGCAUCCCACCGACGACUCCAUCGUUGCCGUUGCCGCCGGCGAUAACACCGUCACCCUAUGGGAUCUGGCUGUCGAGCUGGACGAUGAGGAGAGCAAGGACACAGCCGGCGUCAAGGAUGUGCCACCCCAGCUGCUCUUCGUGCACUACCUCAAGGACGCCAAGGAGGUGCACUGGCACCCCCAGAUCACCGGCAGCUUGGUUGCCACAGGAGAGGAGUUCAGUGUCUUCAGGACGAUCAGCGUAUAG